ACGCUCCCGCUUCUGUUGUACCAGGCCAACGUAAGUAUAUACAAGUUCGUUCUCGCUGCUGCGCUGCGGCCGUGUCUAUAAUACAGAAGCUGAAACGUGGCAACGUCGCGUACUCAACGCAGCCAUCAGGCAUCUUUCACAUAAGCGUCCGCCCGUUCGCGAACGCCGAGAGAUUCGCAUUGCGCGUCGCGAAGUUGUGUGGUGUGCCAGGAAUACGAGAGCUUGUAGCGCGUCAAACGCGUCAACGGGACAGAGAUAGAGGGAUUUUUUUUUAUAUACACUUAUAUACAGCCGAGAGGUGGCCCCAGAGCCUCUCCCAGCGCCCGCUGCACUGGCGUCUCAACACUGACAAGCAUUAAGAACGAGGGCGGUAAGAGCCACACCAACACAUCAUGUCGGAAGCGUCCGCGACGACGAGCAACGCCGUCGCCGACUCGGGUCUGCACGAACAACAGGCGAUAGGCGCUGACGACGAUGCCGUCAACGCGUCCACGUCCAUCGACUAUCUCGACCUAUGCAGAUUAUGUCUGCAGAAGGACGCCGUCAACGUGCCCAUAUUCGAGGACGACGGCGACUCGAGGCAGAUCUUCCUCAAGAUCACCGCCACUUUGCCGGUCAAGAUUUUCAAGGAAGAUAAACUGCCGAAAAAAAUUUGUGAUGAUUGUUUAUAUAAAGUAGAACUACUUUAUCAAUUUUGGAACCAGGCUGCAACUUCAGAAAAACAAUUGUUGCAAUGGCUAGGAGAAGUUGGUCUUGACGACAAACAAAAUUAUGAAGUCCUCGAAGAGGAUUUAAUGAAACAAGAUAAAGGCAACGACAAUAGACUGAAUACUAAUAUUAUUCAAGUUUCUGAUCAAAAUAGUAUAGAAAUCAGUAUGAUAGACAAUAUAUCACUCAUAACAAUACCAGCUGGAAGUGAACAGUUCACUACAGUUCCUAUUGACGCCAGUGGUACUAUUCAAACGGAGGCAAUGCAAAGCUCCCAUGACCAAAGUCAAAUUGAAGAAGAUAGGAGUGAAAUGGGAGAUAUGUCAGAUGAUGGAUGUGAUAAUGAAGGUUUACCUGUGAAAGAAGAGUCUGAUGAUCAAAACAAUCAAACAAAUAUGGAUCAAGCGUAUGUGUCAAUUGAAGCUGGACCAUCUGGUCUUCAACAUCAGAAAAUUUCAGAAAUAUCUGAACUUACAAUACAACAAGCAGCUGAUGGUGAUCCUAAAACUGGAUCGACGCAGCAACAGCGCCAGCAGCCUAACCUAAGCAAUUCGGCGCAUAAAGUAGCCCCGAAGCUGCAUGCUAAACAAAUGGCGAAAUUCAUGCAUCCGGAGAGCAUCAAGAUCGAGCGAGUCGAGUCUCUGGCGCCACAGACCAAGUCCACGGUCGGCGGAGCCGAUUUCGAGGAAGUUUAUAUCGACGGAUCGGACAUGAUUGCCGAGUCGAACAACAAAACGACGAAUCAACAACAAUCGGCAGCUCAGGAAACGAGCGAAGUAGUCGUGUACAUGUGCACCCCUUGCCAGACUUACUUCCCGACAAAGGCCCAGCUGGAGGUGCAUCACAAGGAGUCGCACGCGACCUCCAAGCCGGCCGUUAAAAAGGUCAAACUGCAGCAGCUUCUCAUGCAGCUCAAGCAGGAGCAGCAGCCCAAGCCGAGGCCGCGCUUCGAUCAGGAAGAGAACAAAGUAUUUUUCCAGCUUUAUCAUAAAGACUUGAAUACCAACGAGUUCGUCUGUAAUUUUUGUCCGUAUCGAUCAGUCAUACGAACGACGGUCUCGUCGCACGCCAAGCGAAAUCACAUGUCAGCGGGUUCUGAUAACGAGGAGGAAGAAGAAUCCUUCGAGAUGAUUAAAACUAAGCAGGAGCAGGAGGAUGUCGACGAAGAAGAAGAAGAAGAUGAAUUAUACGACGAUCCGCUCGUGGAUGAGAUGAAAAUGGAGGUGAUGGACGAGGAGAUGAUCGAGAUACACGACGAGGACGACGAGUCAUCGUGGCCCAUCGAAACCGUCGACGAGACGUUCGAAGAGCAGAUGCAGAAUCACGAGCCGGAGGCAGUCUCCGACAGCGAGGACCGGAUGCGCACCUGUCCCUACUGUUCGUUCCAAUCUACGGUAACCUCGACCUAUCACUCGCACGUAAAACGUAAACAUCGCGAGGAAUGGGCGGCCGAAAACGCAAUGAAAGCCGCCAUGGCCAAGACUCCCGAGGGCCCCGAGCUCCAGUGUCAACACUGUGACUUCACCACGUACAAGCGCAAUACUCUGCACUCGCACGUCAAACGCAAACACGGACUCAAGCGCAAGCUCGACGAGACCGACUUGGACGAUGUCGACGACAAUUUCGUAGAGGUCAAGGAAGAGUUGCUCAACGAGUCCGAGGCCUCUUUGGCCGACGGCGCUGCCGAGUCCGACGUACUGUCGAAGAUACGCUCGUGUCCGUACUGCAACUUUCAGACUCGCAACACGUCGACUUUCAACAGCCACGUGCUGCGCAAACACGGCAGCAACGCCAAGCGAAGCGCGUCCGGCCUCGGUGGAGCCUCGAGUCGCGCCGCCCCCAGCAAGAAGAGCAAGACUGCCUCCAACAGCUUCAUGAUCACUGGCUACGCGUGCCACUAUUGCGCGUUCGUCGCCGCCACGAUACACAGCCUCACCAGUCACAACACGCGGAUGCACGCGAGCAUGAAGCAGCCCGUCCAGGAGAUACCGACCGAUCAGUUUGACUGCGACCGCUGCGAGUACAAAACGCGCAAUCGGCGCAACAUGCAAACUCACUUGAAAAAGAACCACAAAGGUCAAGCCAAUGCCGAUGGCAUGUACUGCUGCAACGCCUGCUCCUACGAGACCAUGUCGCACAUGGGUCUGCAGAGACACAUGUCGAUCAAGCACCAGAAACCGAAUCUCACCAAUAACGUGCCCUGCUAUCAAUGCGAGGUUUGCGAGUUCAAGUGCCUGAACAUAAAAAUUAUGGAUUGGCAUCUCAAAUCGCAUUGCAGCGAUAAUCGCACCAAGGCCGAGGAAUCGGGAAUCAUUUUCUUCUGCAACGACUGUGACUUCUCCACCUGGCUAAAGACCCUGUUGUUCUCGCACAUACGUCGAAAACACAAGGACGGAGAAGGCAAGGACGAACAGGACGAAGGCGAACCUCUUUUCGUGUGCGAGCAGUGUGAUUACUCCACAAAAAAUAAGCACGUCAUGAAGGUUCACGUUAUUCGUAAGCACACGGAGAACUACAGCCACGAGUGCGAAAUUUGCGGCAAAAAGUACAAAGUCAAAGCGGACCUGACGAAUCACGUCAGGUUUAAGCAUCGUGAACAGCCCAUUAUUUGCGACGUCUGCGGUAAAACUUGCCAGAAUAGCAAUCUGCUGUAUCUGCAUCAGAAGUUUGCCCAUUACAAGCCGGAAUUCGAGUGUCCGAUUUGCCAUCGGCGCAUGGUCAGUCAGGCCAAUCUCGACGACCACAUACUGAAGCAGCACGAGCAGCGCGAGAACGUCGUCUGCCACGAGUGCGGCAAGCAGUUCACGCGCGCCUCGAGGUUGAAGAUUCACAUGAGAACGCACACUGGCUUGAAACCGUAUUCUUGUCAAAUAUGCUUGAAGUCUUUUGCACGGAGGAACGGAUUGCGGCAGCAUCUGCUCAUACACACGGGCAAAAAGCCGUACAGCUGCGAUUUGUGCGACAAAUCCUUCACUCAGAAAACGGGCUUGAUAAGCCACAGAAAGAGUCAUCCUGGAUCUCAUCCGCCUUUACCGAGGGUCACUAUUGAUCACGUACUUUCAAAUUUACUUGAAGAAAAACAGUAGAAAAUUUGUCAGGCUAAUUUUUUUUUAAAUUAUCUUUCUCUUUUACUCCAAUUUCACUUCGUUAGAUGUAGUAUAAAAAGUAAAGACAAUUAAUUUAAAAACCUUAUUUUAUACUUGUAAAAAAUGUGACCUUUGAUAUUCAAAUGAAAAGAUCGUACAAUUUUUUUUUAUGGUAGAAUAGUGAAAAUGAAUUUUUGUUGUGCAACAAGAGUGUUUUCCACAUUUCAUUCCUUGACAUUUAUUUUAUUGUGUGCCUCUACUUUUUAAAAAAAGUUGUAAUUUCAAUUUAUUAUAUUAACAAUCGUUUGUCUCAAUUUUUAUUAAAUUGAUUUGAAUAGGCUACUACUCUUGACUGUAGCUCUGAUUAUGUAAACGUGUAAGUGAAAUUUUGCAGCAAACAUUGUAUGUACACUAGGCUUGGAUCGAGUUUGUAAUUAUAAAAGCAAAUUUUAUAAGGUAGAAUCAAUACUUUUGUUACAAUUUUUGAUGCAAAAACCUUCAAAGUUUAAGUUAAGUUAGAUAUAACUAUGUUAUAGAAUGCCUGUAAACACAUUGUAAGAUAAUAAAAUGCUGUUGUUCAAAUAAAUUCUGGAAAAGCAAA